CGAUACUUGAACUGUGCCGAUCGGUGCUACGGUUUGGGCUGUGCGUUGGCUCAAAAAAACGCGGAGAAUAAGAUGAAUAAAUAAUAAGUACAAUAAAGUUGCACAAUAACAAUACCUUGUUCUUUCUUUCAGAAAGACCAAGGUAAUAAUAAUAAAGUUGCACAAUAACAAUACCUUGUUCUUUCUUUCAGAAAGACCAAGGUAAUAAGAACAAUAAAGUUGCACAAUAACAAUACCUUGUUCUUUCUUUCAGAAAGACCAAGGUAAUUAGAUUAUUGCACAAUAACAUAAAAUCAGAAUUGUGCAUAAUGUAAAAAAACAGGAAUACAGUAAAAAAUUUAAGUUAUUACACUCAUGUAAAGCUGUCGGGACACGAGGGGCGAAUGAAGAGGACACUGGACUCCAAAGUGACUUUUUCGAUACUUGCUAUGCUCAAAUGUUGGUGGACCCUAAGCAUAUACUACAAAAAGGCAAAACAAAAAAACAAAACAUAAUUGGGCUCCAAAUGUAACUUUUAUACCUGUACUGCAAAAGAAAAUAAAUAGAGCAACCUAUGUUUUUAUACAGUACAUCAGGGUUACUCCGAAGUAACUUGUUAUAAUUUUUUUCGUUGGAGAUCCUGUGUGAAAGUGCCUCGGGUCACUCCAAACUUUGUAAUUAACGGCGAGUGUUGUUUAAGGCAGCGUUUUCCAACUUCGGCUGAACCAAGGUGCAUAUUUUACAAUGCAAAAAUAUCUCAUUGACGCGCCAGCAAACAAAAAAAUGAGACAAAAAGUGGAUAAGCAAUUGAACAGUUGUCAAAUUAGUGUAUUAAUUAGCGGGAAUCUGUUUUAAUUGGGUUAACUUGUCUGGAAUCCUUGAGUAUUCAUCUUUUGAUGUUGUAUGAGAAGUUAGUGACGUGUCUUUAGGCGAGAUUUAAAAAACAAAAAACAAAAAAAAACGAACGUCUCCACAUACAGAAUUUUCAGGGUAAGACGCCUCAACGGGAAAAUAUUGCCUCUUGGGACAAAAGAAAUUUCGGGAUACAAAAGGCAAAAAUACAGUAUAGUAUGGCUGGUAUUCGCGGAGUUUACUGAAUGUAACAUUCCUAUAGCUGCUCUGCCAUUGGCUAUUGCCGAGCAUUCCUGGCAUCCAAUUGGCUAAGAGGGACCUCGACAGUAUGUGUAUGUGUGUAUCCCAACGUCCUCUUCAUUCACCCCUCGUGUUCCGACAGCUUUACACGAGUGUAUUAACUUUAAUUCUUUUCUCUAUUCGUGGUUUUCACAACUCUGAUUUUAUGUUUAUUGCGCAAUAAUCUAAUUUUAACAUGUAGUUGAUACAUUUUUUGAUGCAUUGUUAUGUGUUACGAAAGAUUUAUGUCUAAUUUCUAGGUGGCUUGGAUCAGAUUAGGGUAUUUAAAUGGGACAAUCUCUACUUACGGAAUUUUCAGGUUGCGAAACUACUUCCAGAGCCAAUUAAUGUCGUCGCCUUAUCCGCCGUUUCUCUACCGGCCAUGGUAACUCUCAGCAAGCCCUACUCCGCCAUGAGCAGCAGCCACUCGGACUCUCCCGGCAUGCGGCUGCCUCAACGUUACAAAACCUUCUCGUCCAAAGCUCAGUACCAGAUGGUGCUGAGCACCCUGCGCAAGCUGCAAGAGAGCGGCUUCUACUGGGGCGCCAUCACGGGCAAGAACGCCAACAGCCUGCUGGGCGCCGAGAACGCCGGCACCUUCCUGGUGCGCGACAGCUCCGACAACCGCCACCUUUUCACCCUCAGCGUGAAAACGGCGGCGGGCACCAAGAACCUGCGGGUCCAGUGCGACGCCGCCUCCUUCUACUUGCAGACGGACCCCAAGAACAUUCACGCCGUGCCCCACUUCGACUGCAUCCUCAAGCUGGUGCACUACUACAUGCCGCAAAGCAGAGGCAACGGCCGCAACGUGGACUACAUUUACUCGGGCGGCGAGAAAGUCCCGCUGGAGUUGGUCAAACCUCUGGCCUGUUGCCCGUCCAGCCUACAACACUUGUGCAGGAAGACCGUCAAUGGACAUUUGGACAUUUCUUCCACAAGAGAGCAGCUCCCUCAUCCUCUCAGGCAAUACAUGCAGGAUUAUGACUCUCCCAUUUAAGAAGCGCAUUCCAAGUCUCGGGGAAGCCAGAAAGAAGGAGGGGCGGAGCCGGCAAUGAGGUUCCCGGCCGGGAUGACGCACAGUUUCCCCCCGUCGCUGCUAGCAAUGAGUUGCGCGGCCUCGGAAGCUUUAGACUGAAUCCUCUGUGAGGUCCAAUUGGAUUGUUUUGAACUUUUUCCGGCACUGACAGGAAGGCCACUCCCUCGCCAAUGAAUGUAUUUGAAGCAGACCUUGUCUUCUUUUACCGUCUUUUUUGACGUCGCCAUGUUUACAUUGAAGACAAUCUUUUAUAAAGAAGUACUAAAGAUGCUUGAAGGUGGAGCGGUCGACACGACCAUUUGCACUUAUUUAUAUGUGGACGAACAUUUCAGUAAUUUAUAAUAAAGAAUGUUAUUUUUCUACUCAGA